AAAUAAGGCCAUAUCGCUGACCAUAUGCAUUUUUGUAAUUUUUUGUCACUAGUCCUGGCAAUAAGUGCUUCCCAAAAAAUUUUUGAAAAGAAAACAGGAAUAAAAUCUGAUGAAAUACCGGAUAAUAGCUUUAAGGAGACGAGUGAAACAUCAAGAUACCAUUGUAUGGUCAAAUACUUUUUGGAUCUCUGCGAUUUGGUGGACAACUAUUCCGAUGCAACAAAUUCUAUCUGGAAAAGUUUGGCGAACGAACUGAAACAACAAUCAUCAAACUAUUCUUAUGAUAAAAGGACCAAAAUUAAAAAUCUAUGUAAAGAUUUAAAAUCAAACAUCAAGACGCUAACGAGUAUGUCAGAGAAAUUAUUACGGAUAUCGCCAGCUCUAGAACCGAUAUUGACCAUAGAAAUGAUCAAAAAUAUGACCGGUAUAUUGAACAUACUUAUUACCGCUUUGCACAAUUUAAAUUGUGAAUUUGAUAUAUUUGAUACUCAGCACGAACUUCUUGAAGAAUUAGAGGAUGCACACACUACAUUUUUUGUUAAACAUAAAAAAUUUCUUGGAAAAAUAAAAGGGGAAACGACACCCAAUACAUGUUCCUUGGACUUGGAAGAAGACAUUUUGUUAAAUAUUGGCAACUUAUGUCAUGUCGUAUUGCUUGUUCAACAAGAUAUUUUAAACUGGGCCAGAAUUUACACUCAGAACACUCCUUGUGACGAAAAAAACGAGAAUCCGUUAAAAAGACAGUUGGAUACGAGUAGUGAUGCUGAUGAAGAUGACCAUUCGGUAACCACUCCCAGCAAGAAGCUGAACUAAAUUAAACAACAAUUUAUUCGGUUAUCCCAG